UGGCUGACUGCCCUGGAGCAAGGAAGAGAAGCCAGAGGGGAAUCAGAGCUGGACCUCUGAGUCGGCGGCGACUGCACUGUGGAAGUUAGAAAUCUUUGCGGAACGUCAGACCAAUCACAUCCAAGUCAUCGUGGCCAUAGCGGAAGGCACAUGUCAACGUGACAAACACUGCAGGUAAAGGAGGAAGAGAGUGACCUGUCGUGCCCGAGGGAGAAAGGAAGUUCUUAAAUGGCUCGGAGGAAGACACGGAGAGACAAGGGGGACGAUGGCCAGUGCAGAGUCCUCUCCGUUCACAACCCUAAGCCCCAGCCCAGAUCCUGGCGACAGUGAGGCAGAGCUGGACUGCAGUUUUAAUGAGGAGUUCAAGUUCAUCCUGCUGCCUGCGAGCUACACAGUUGUCUUUCUGGUGGGCCUAGGCCUCAACGCCCUGACCCUCUGGCUCUUCCUCUUUCGCCUCCGACCAUGGGAUGCAACGGCCACCUACAUGUUCCACUUGGCCUUGUCAGAUACUUUGUAUGUGCUGUCACUACCCACCCUCAUCUACUAUUAUGCGGCCCGCAACCACUGGCCCUUUGGUACUGGGCUCUGCAAGUUCAUCCGCUUUCUCUUCUACUGGAACCUCUACUGCAGCGUCCUCUUCCUCACCUGCAUCAGUGUGCACCGCUACCUGGGCAUUUGCCACCCACUGAGGGCACUACGUUGGGGCCACCCUCGCUUUGCAGGCCUCGUCUGCCUGGCGGUUUGGUUGGUCGUCGCCGGCUGCCUCGUGCCCAAUCUGUUCUUUGUCACAACCAGCACCAAGAAGGACACCAUCCUGUGCCAUGACACCACUCGGCCCGAAGAGUUUGACCACUAUGUGCACUUCAGCUCGGCCAUCAUGGGGCUUCUCUUUGGCGUGCCCUGCCUGGUCACUCUUGUCUGCUAUGGGCUCAUGGCCCGCCGCCUGUAUCGGCCCUUGCCAGGGGCCGCCCAGUCAUCUUCUCGUCUGCGCUCUCUCCGCACCAUCGCUGUGGUGCUGGCAGUCUUUGCUAUCUGCUUUGUGCCUUUCCACGUCACCCGCACCAUUUAUUACAUGUCAAGGCUGUUGGAAGCUGACUGCCGGGUGCUGAACAUUGUCAAUGUGGUCUACAAAGUGACUCGGCCUCUGGCCAGUGCCAACAGCUGCCUGGAUCCCGUGCUCUACUUGCUCACUGGGGACAAGUAUCGACGUCAUCUCCGGCAGCUGUGCAGGUGUGGAGGGCCUCAGCCCCCCAUGACUGCCUCCUCCCUGGCACUGGGGUCCCUGCCUGAGGAAAGCAGCUGCAGAUGGACAUCCACCCACCACGACUGUGGCUUCCCUGCCCCUGGGGCAGAUAGAUUGUAACCCUGGGAGUCAGGAGGUCAGAGGAAAAAGGGUGAGUGUAAGGCAGAGGUGAGGGAACUUAAUAGUUACACUCAAUAUGGCUGCUUCUUCGUCUUUCCCAGACUCUGGAGAGAGGCCCACACCCUGAGGAUCAAGAGGAACCAGGGAAAUCAUGUGUGAUCCCAUCUCUCAUAAACCCUCCAGUUGUCCUCUCCUUUUUAGCCAAAGGCAGUAACAGCCACUCUUCUUUCUCUUUGCUUCUGUCUCCUUCCUGGGGCCAUCAGUCCUGUCUCUCAAUCCUACAAGGUUUCCUAGAAUUCUCAUGAAGUCCUCUUUCUCCCUCCUUUUCCCCACACACAUUUGUAUAGCAUGUGUUCCUUCAGCCAGACCCAAGCAUUAGAACUGAAGAGGUGGAGAACCUGGGGUAAUCUCAGGAUUGGUCUGAUUUAUUUGAUGGUGAUAGUCAGAACCGGGAAGAGGGGGCACUGGCAUAUCACAGAUGCCAAGGAUGUGACAUAUGUAGUGCCCACACCCACUUCCUGGUUUCCUCUCAGACAGGAUAGUCUUGCCUAUCGAAGUGCUGAAAUAGGGCUCAAUCCCAGACAGCCUGCAUGCCAGGGUUCCCCCAUGCAGCCGGAGGCAUGGCGCUGUUGGACUGGUGUAUAGCCCUGAGGUACAGAGGGAGCCUGUGUCUUACCAUGGGGCGGAUACCAUGCCUCAAGGGGCAGGGCCCAAGCUGAUGUUGGCCUUUGGAACAGGACCUCCUUUAUGAUGUUUGCUGAGAGCAUAUUUGACAGUUCUCCUGUACUGAAUGAAAAGAACAGUGGAUGGCUUAGAAAGAAAGAGAGGAGCUCUCAUGUUUGUGGCUAUAAGUUCUAGCACCAAGGGGUCGAGCAGGUUUGUAGAGUUUAGGGUGGUGACAGGGACUGAUGCCCAGAGCUGGCUCUUCACUGGUCUCUCCCCUUUCUCUAGCUCCUGCCCUAGGUGAAUAAUAAAUCUGUCACCAACUCUUUCAGAUCAGGCUUUAGGGCUUCAGCGCCGGGGCAGACAGAGCAUGGGGACAAGGACAGCUCCCCUCAGAGUCUCGCAUCCAGUCGCUCCUUCCCAGUACCAUCUUAGUACUUACAGGCUUACAGGUGUCGGGAGUAGGUAUGGACCUUGGGCAGCUAACCCUCAAGCCUUCGGAAGUAAGAGUGUCUAGGCAGGCGUUCAUCAGAAGGGUGGGCUAACACUUUUAGGCAACCCCCUCUGAAAUUGCCUUCUAGUGCCCUGGUCUCCCGAGUCUCCAGCCUUCCCUUUUCUUUUGCCCCACUCCUGCUGACCUGUCUCGGAUCUCUUACCUGUCUACUGGCAUCUGAGGGGUCUCUCUGGAGAGUAAGGCUGGGGUUAGUCUUCAGAAAAAAAAUGACGCUGAUGCUCCUGAAAUUCCUUUUUCAUCCUUCCACGUGCUCCCUCUCCCUGCUUGCUACCCAGAACUGCUUCCGUUAGGAGUAAAUGUACUGACCUUUUCCUUAUUAGUUUCCCAGUGUCAUGGCCACUGCCUAGACUGUUAUAUAUCCUAUUUUUCAUCUGUACUUUCUCCCUUUAAUUUCUAUGACCGCAGCCUCCUUGCCCACCACCUACCUCUCCUAUCCACCUGCCCCACCAGGUGAAGCUGCUUCCUCCAUCAUAACUGACCCAGUCUCCUCUAUUUCUCCAGUCCAUUUAACCCAUAUCAAGACUCGUUUAACCCAUCAUCAAGACUCAUUGCCCAGACUUUGUGGUCUGCUACUUUAGGGCUAUCUUCCAGCCCACUAUAACCUUAGUUAAACACCUUGACUCUCGCCUUCAGCCAAUUUUCUCCUCUCUCUUAGACUGAAGGAGAUUGCAGACGAAGCCAGAGCACAAGGCUGGUUUGACCCACUGAAACUUCAUGUCUUGGAACUUCAUCUAAGCCCCCACUUUUAUUACCUUGCUGAGUUCUUAGUGAACAUUCCAGAGCUAGUGUUUUCUGUCUUUUCCACCUUCUCAAGACUCCAACUUCAUCCUACCCUACGACCUUCUAAGAGUUACCUUGCCUCCUGUAAAACUGAGAAGAUCAAUACCCCAACUUCUUUCUGCUUCAUUCAUGAUAACUUUACUUUUAUAUCCAUGUUGUCUUUCUUCCCUAUAGACCCAAAAUGAAAGGUGGCCCUCUUACUUGUUCCUUUGU